UCAUUAUUAUUAAUUUUCCUAAGAAAAGAAAAGGAACGAUCUUUUUAUCACAAUUUUGCUUCUGUUUCGACAUUUGAGUCCCUGAAGAAUACCAACAAAAAAGAACAUCACACCAAAAGAAAAAACCCAAUAGAGAGAAAUCGAACCCCUCAAGUGCAUAGCAUAGCAUAUUAAAUAGUGAAAUUCAGAGAUGUCGGAGAAAUUCUCGGCAGCUAUAAGAAUUGAAGAUCUCAGCGAUUUCAUUGCUCCGUCUCAAGCUUGCGUUGUUUCAUUAAAGGGGUUGAAAUCAAACACUGUCAAACCCAAAACCGAUAAACCUCAGGUAAGGGUUUCAGUUUCCAAUAAGCAACAGCAGCAGCAGCCGCAGCAAACUGCACCUGUUAAAAUCUCCCUUAAAGACUGUUUGGCGUGCAGUGGAUGCAUAACGUCAGCAGAGACGGUUAUGCUUGAGAAGCAAAGCUUGGAUGAAUUUCUUUCUACUAUUGAUAAAGGAAGGGCGGUUGUAAUAUCUGUCUCUCCACAAUCCAGAGCUUCUCUUGCAGUUCAUUUUGGCCUCUCCCCACUUCAGGUUAUUAAGAAACUUACUACAUUUUUUAAAUCUUUGGGAGUAAAGGCUGUAUUUGAUACAAGCAGUAGUAGAGAUAUAACUCUUAUUGAAACUUGUAAUGAGUUCAUUGCACGUUAUAAACAAAACCAGUCAAAUGACGAUGAGAGAUCCAAGUCAACUCUGCCUAUGCUUUCAUCGGCAUGCCCAGGUUGGAUAUGCUAUGCCGAAAAACAACUAGGAUCCUAUAUUCUGCCUCACAUAUCUUCUGUGAAGAGCCCUCAACAAACUAUUGGAGCUACCAUUAAAAACCGUAUAUGCGAAAAGAUGGGUCUUAGGUCGGAGGAGGUUUACCAUGUGACUGUGAUGCCUUGUUAUGAUAAGAAGCUUGAGGCUGUGAGGGACGACUUUGUGUUUGAAGUGGAUUCUCUGAAAAAGAGUGAUGGUAGUCAUAUUAGUAUCACAGAGGUCGAUUCUGUUUUGACAUCUGGGGAAGUCUUAGAUUUGAUCAAGUUAAAAGAAGUAGAUUUUGCAGCCUUAGAAGACUCUCCUCUAGAUAAAAUGUUGACAAAUGUUAAUGAAGAGGGGCAUCUUUAUGGAGUGAAUGGAAGCUCUGGUGGUUAUGCAGAGACGGUAUUCAGGAAUGCUGCUAAAACAAUAUUUGGAAUGGAUGUAAAAGGUCCUUUGUCAUUCAAAACUAUUAGAAAUACAGAUUUUCGUGAAGUGACUCUGGAAGUUGAUGGACAUAUAGUGUUGAAAUUUGCACUUUGUUAUGGCUUCCAGAACCUACAAAAUAUUGUUAGAAAGGUUAAAAUGCGGAAAUGUGACUAUCAUUUUGUGGAAGUUAUGGCAUGUCCAUCAGGUUGCUUGAAUGGUGGAGGUCAAAUCAAACCAAAGCCUGGACAAUCUCCUAAGGAUUUGCUUCAGUCUCUGGAAGCCAUUUACAUGGAAAAUGUUUUGGUAGCGGAUCCCUUUGAGAAUCCCCUUGUCAAAAGCUUAUAUAACGAAUGGCUGGAUGAGCCUGGCUCUGAGAAAGCUAAAAGAUUUAUGCACACAGAGUAUCAUCCUAUUGUUAAAAGCAUUACCUCUCAGUUACAUAAUUGGUAAUGCUGGUCCCUACUUCUCAUCUCAUACAAAAUAUUGGAAUUUCUCUUGUCGCCUAUUCUCGAGCUUGUAGACUCCCGAGCAACAUUUCAGCUUCACGCUCGUCCAUGGGAUUACUUUUUUCUGUGGCGUCCAAUUUUGGUAGAGUAAACAGAUCGAUUAGUGUAUCUCUCAAACUCUUGUAUAUGCAGUUACAAUAGAAUCAUUUUAGAUAGGAGAAAUAAUUGGAGAUGGUGUUGUAUCCUAAUAAUGUUAUGAGGUUUCUGAAUAAUGUUAUAAUUGUUUCAUGUACA